AUGCCUCCACCAAUAAAAUACAUUAACGAAGAACCCAAUAUAGAAAAUACAAUACUAUAUCAUGCAUACCAAGCAUCUAGUCCUGCAAAGUUCUCGGCAGAUGACGACAAAUAUAUCAUCUACGAAGGUGGUUCAUUUCGUUUAGAAGUCAAGAAUAGACCACUAGAAUUCAUACCUAAGUUCACAUCAGAUCAGGUCAAUAUAUAUGUUUUAUCAUCUUGUUUUAUUAUAUGGUCAACAAAAGAUAGUCUAGGUUUGGAAAUACCUUAUCAAUUAAUUUAUUUACACGCUUUAGAUAAAAACUCACUAUAUUUACAAAUACAAAUACUACCUGAUGAUGUGUUCGAGGUUAUACUACAUCCCACCGUGGAACCCAAGAAUGAAUUACUUAAGGAAGUUACGGGGAACGCUGAAUCAGUUUAUCAAGCUAUGUCCAAAUGUUCAGCAAUGCAUUAUGAUUCUGAUAAUGAAGAAAAUCAUGUACAGGAAGAAGACGAGCUUCCAUCAUUAGAAAUACCGUCUCAAUGGAUUGAAGAAAGACACUAUAAAAACGAGGGAAACGCAGAUGAUCUAGAUGAACUUGAUGAUACCAAUCAAAGUGAUGAAAUUAUAGCUGGAAUGAGUGUUGAUGUGGGAUAUGCACAAAUUGCCGGCAAUAAAAGAAAUGAACACGAUUAUGCAUCAAUUAAUAGUAAAAAGAAUAAAUUAUUUUAA